AUGAACUCCAUCAAGAAUUUGACUGAAAACCAGUGGAAACCAGCAGAUGCAUUACCACAACACAUCAAAGAUUUGCUAAUUCCUAGAUCCCCGGCACAGCCAGUAAACUACAUGCUUGCAUUUUUGCAGAUCGUUUCAUCAUUGAAAUUUCAAAAACGUACUGGUUGGUUGGAUCAUGACGUACCGCCAUUGGACACGGAAAGUAUUGCUGACCAUAUGUACCGAAUGUCCAUCAUUUCAAUGAUUGCACCACCAACCAAUGUAAAUAAAGACAAAUGUGUCAAGAUUGCCAUUGUUCACGACAUAGCUGAAUCACUUGUCGGUGACAUCACUCCAUAUGCUGGAAUAUCCAAAGCAGAAAAACAUCGCAGAGAAGAAGAAACUAUACAUUACCUCCAUGACGUGAUUAAACCGUAUAAUCUGGACUUUGCUAAGGAGUUGGUCGAGUUGUGGUUUGAUUACGAGGAAAUCAGAAAUACCGAGGCAAGAUACGUAAAGGAUAUCGAUAAGUUUGAGAUGAUCAGCACUGCAUAUGAAUACGAAUUGAGGUUCGGUUUGAAGUACAAUUUGGAUCAAUUUUUCAAUGCUAGGUCAGCAGUGAAGACCAAAGAAGUAGGUGACUUGUGUGAUGCUAUUUUGGAAAAACGUGCAAAAUUAGUUGCAGAGUCAAAAGAUAAAGAAUAA